UCAGUUCUCACUUUGGCUAUUCGAUAGCAACUACAACAAAUACAUUUUUUACGAAGAAAGUGUUGUGUAUUGUUACUAUGUUAUCAUAUUUGUGAUUGUAGAUCUCCGUGUCUUGCGUUUUGUUAAUCAUUGCGAAUCUUUGUGACAAUGGAUGAAAAGGAUAAAGCUCAACACAAUAUGAUAUCCAACCUACCACUUUUGUUUGCGAAUGGAUACCCUACAUCCCUAGAAAAAAUAACGGAGCCGCAAUUAGAAAAUUUUAUUCCAUUCAUGGUUCAGUGCUCUUUAGGACAUAUAAAUUUACCAAAGAAAGUAGAUUGCAGUGAACCGGAAUGGUGGCCGGAAAACGCACCUUUCGAAAUUCCGCUGAAAAAGCCGAAAGCAUUUGUUGGGAACUGGAUGGAAAAAAUGAAAGAAAUUGUGGUUAUUUGCUAUCAAUUUCACAAAAGCUUAUUUUUAUUAAGAUUUUGUAAUGAUUUAGCUGCGUAUGAGCACGCGAGCUUAAGAUUCAUAAACAACUAUAACUCAACGACUUCAUUGUAUGACAGAAGAAACAACAAAUUGCUGGUUACAUUUAGAAAUGAAAACAUGUCAUAUGAUAGACAACAAAAAAAUAGGAAGUGCUUGUUGCUUCAAAAGAAUAACAGUUCAAUUAACGAAAACUUACAACAUAUGAUGGUUGAGCCACCCCCUUUUGAUAUUUAUCUUUGCGACAACUGUGAUGCUGAACUUUAUUCUAAAGAAGCUAUACUGGAACACGAAAACAUUUGUUGCAUGGAAGAUGAUGUUAUACUUUGUGAUUCCCCUGAGCCAGAUAACAAAUGUGAGGGGAAAAACGAAGAUAUUGAACUGCGCAACGCCUUUCUUUUAAACUUUAGCCUGCAAUCUAAAUUCAUUGAUAUCAGUUCAUCCAAUGAGAAACAAAAAACAUAUUCAUUUAGUGAGGAAACGUCAACGGAAAUAUCAAACAGAAAAAGGCGUUUACCAUCGCGAAGGAAUCGAACAGUUCAUUCUUUUAGUAGGUGUUCGUUUAUCCCAAUAUCAUCACCUGCAGGACAGCAAUUGUUAAAGUCUACGAAACAAACAAUAUCUAAGGAAUAUAUUUCCGAAAGACAGGAACGCCUGGACCGAUUUUGUUACACGCCAAUAAUCAUAAAAUCAAACACAAGGCAAAAAUAUUUCGAGAAAAAAUCAAACACCACCGUGCAUUGCACAUUUAAAAAGUCGCAUGAACAUAAUUACCAUGUAUAUUCAUUUCCGCGACGUCAAUUUGUUAAACGCAGGGACACAACUGAGAAUUUUUUGUUUUUAAACUCUCCGCUAAUCAAGCAAUGCCGUCCAAUUUCUGUCAGAUUGAAAAAGAUAUCAGAACACAUAAUGGAAGAGCAAAAUCACACUGCAAAUACAAAGCUUAAUAUAAGACUAACGCGCCACAAUUCGCUUAAUUCGCAUUGGAGGAUUUCACCUUCUAGUGAAGUAGUUGUUGAUACAAUUGACUUAUGCUCCUCUGAUGAUGAUGAGCAAACAAUUGGCUUGCCCAAAGUUCUUGGUUCGGAUGCACUUACUAUAAUAAAACUUACACAUAACAACAGAAAGUCCAGUAGGCGAACCAUUGAGCCAAGUAAAUAUACUUCUGAACCAGAAUCCGUAGUAGAUAGUUCUGUUAAGCCCUUACAACAGUCCUUAUACAUUUUUUCAAAUUAUAAGGCUAAUUCGGUAUUAAGUCGUUGCACGGUUGACUCCAUGUCAAAUCAUUCAAUGGUUAGUCCUCUGAGUACAUCGAAUACUUUUUCUGAUUCAGAAGGACACAGAAAGGAAUACAAUCAAGAAAACUGCAAUUUUUCGAAGAAUUUGGUUACACUCACAGACUGGUACGGUCGUUCAGCUAACUCCGAAAAGAGCACAGCAAAUCAAACUACUGAGAGUAGUACGUUUGACGCCCUUUCCGCGGCUCCGCCGUUUAAUAGCACUGGCCGAAUAAUUUCCAUUGAUUUAACUUCAUAAAAAUUUAAUCCAUAGUUAAGUUAAGAGAUUGUUAUUUUCAAGAAAAAAUUUAAUUAAGAAUUACAAUAUUUGAAUAAAUAAUUUGUUUAAAUACUUUUA